ACGAGUCGAAUCGCAAAAAAACGCAACCGGAAGGAAAUUAUCGUCUAAUAAGUUAUCAAGCAGCAGCUAAGCUCCUCCCUAGAUUCACAGAUUUACGCGCCCUGUGCAUGAGAUCGUUAAGGGAAUUAAAACCCCAAAAGAGAGAGAGGAGAGACGAGAGACAGAUAUCAUCCGAAGGGGUAACCCAAUAUCUUGGCCUGGCCAUCAAAAUUGCGUGUUUCAAAUCAAAAUUGCAUAAUCUCGGAAAUCCUGGAACGAGUUCGCGUUCUCCGACAGAUCCGAGAGAGAUACCCCCGCUCCGUUCGCUGCUGCUACUGCCGCUGCUACUGCUGCUGUUUGCUGUUGUCGCCGCGUAAUCGCAGUAGCCGCCAAGAUUUCGAGUUGCGCUUCCUUUGAGCCUAGCCACGUUCUAGCCCUGGUCUUAUCGCCUGUUGGCCAUCUAAAGUUGCCAGUUUGCCCGAUCGGUACCCUCCCGGCUGCAGUCGGUCGGUCGCGCGUGCGUCGCCGUUUGCCUUUUGGGCCCGCCUCGUAAUUAAUUACAAACGCAGUCGCGCUGCCCCGCUUUCCCGGACUCUUCUUCUGCCGGCAUCUCCUGAGGAAAGCCCAGAGACGCUUCUCCUGCUUACAUAUACACGUAUGUAUAUACGCGCUAAAUCUUGAUUCUUUUUGGGGUACUGACUCUGUGGCUCGGAGCUCUGCGGAGGCUUGCGUGCGCCGACACUGGAAUCGACGACAUCUGAUUGCCUUUUUAUGGCUGGUGUUACUCAAUCUUCAAGCAGCUGUAUUAAUCAAAGCGAUAGCCAAUUCAAUCCAGAAGGACUGAUUUGAUCAACCUUAAAGGUUGCAAAAGUGCAAAAAUUAAAACAUUAAGAAAAACUAAUCAAAAGUGACCAAAAAUAUGUGAAAAAAUGAGCAACAAAAAUAAUCUUAAAUAAUAGCAACAGAUAUGUGAAAAUAUCUACUAAAAUUAAAUCGAAAACAUAAAACAUACAAAUAUGAAAAAUAUUUGAAUAAAGAAACAAUAAAAAAAUGAACAAAAUUUCAACAAGCAACCAAUUUAAAUAAAGAAAAUAAUUAAACAAUACUGCAACAAUGUAUAUAAAGUAAUAACAGUGAUUGAAACAACGAUAAAAACUUCAAAAAGUACCUGCAAAAAGUGAGCAAAAUUAAAAACAAUCAAAACUAUAGAGCAAAAAGCGAAAAAAAAAAGUGCCACAAAAUGUCUAAAUACCAAUCAAUAUUAUUAUUUAGAAAAGUGUAGUAAUACAACAAUCAAAUGGAGUUUCAGCCCAAUAAUUUGUGUUUUUCUUUAUUAUUUUUCAACAACAAUAUUCGUUUAUUUUCGUUUCGGUUAACGUUCAGCGUUCUGUUCAAUCACAAAAAUGUUGCUGACAAUGCGGCCACAGAAUGAAUUGAUAGGCAGUCAGCAGCAUCCAGGUACAACAUCGGUGGGAGAACAUACAACUGCAGCGGCAUCUGCCACACAUGGUGGUACACCCUCGCCACCUGCAACAGGAGUAGCAGCAGCAGCAGCAGCAGCAGCAACAGGCACAUCAUUCGGUUUGAAUGGUCAAGGUCUCAGCUUAGUGCCACCAUCCACCUCGCAGCAGGAUUCUCUGAAUACACCCACAACCCCUUUGCUCGGACUAAGUCGUAAUCCUCUUCAGUUUGCCGCCCCACCGGCACCACCGCCCAUUGCCGUGCAGCAGGGCGCUACAGCUGCGCCCACAGCCUGCAGUCCGGCCUUUGGCUACUACCAUCAACCCACUAGCACGAGUGCAGGUGGAGCAACGCCCACCACCGCCGCCACAACAUAUCUGCAGCAGCAGCAGCAUCAGCAUCAUCCCUCGGGUCUGGCAAAGGACACAAGCGUCAGCGGGCACACGGAGCAGCCCCAGCAUUCGGUGGAAUUGGACGAAUACGUGGACAUAUUGCAGGUGCAACAACUGCUAUUGGACUCGUCGGCCGCCGCUGCGGCAGCAGCAAAUCAAAAUCUUUCGAAUCCUACGCCAACAGAACAGCAGCAGCAGCAAGAGCAACAGUCGCAACAUUUGCAGCAACAAAUUGUGGCAAAGCCACGACCACGCAUCAAUCUACAAAAAGCCACGGAAUAUGCGGCACACAUAGCACAAGGUUCGUACCUUUGA